CUCUGAAAUCUCGCGAUAAUGGAGGCAGCAGCGGGGUUGGUAAAACUGCGUCACCUGGUUCCGAGGAGGGGGUGCUGGGCAUGUGUAGGAAUAUAAAUAAUUUAAUAAAUAGGAGGGUGUAAAAUCCACCGAAAACACCACCGACAUCCAUCCAUCCUGCAGAGCCGGUUCGAAGCGCGCAUCUCCGGGGCAGCAGCAGAGAGGGAGCCGGAGGAGGAGGAGACACCGCCGGGGAGGAGGAUGCUGAGGGCCUGAUGCUCCCCUGCACGCCCCGCUGACACACAGGGACAGGCGGUCUGCUGGCUGGUGCUGGUUGUGGUUGAGGAUUAUCCAGGAGGCUGGAGGAAGGAAGACAAGGGAGGAGGAGGGGGUAGGCAGCAGCAGCAGCAGCAUCCGGAGAGGACGGCUCUAACCAGGGGUGGCUGGUUCGACGACAACAGUAAGAAAUCCAGCGAACAUAGAAGGAAAAUCCCCACAUUAAGAGCUGGAAUCGGACAUUUCUGUUGGAUGCUUAUUUAGCUUGUGCACUAAAGGAGAACUGGCCUUCAGAGGAGAAAGUCAGUUGAUGAUUGUUCCAGAAACGCUGAGUGGGAAUCAGACACUUCCAGUUGUUAUGCAACUCAGAUCAGCUGCAGCUCUUUAGAAACUGUCCUACUGUUCCCUUUCUUUUUCUACUGCUGUGCUUUUUGGAGGUGCAGCUGGGAUUACUGAGGCUCAGCUCAGUGCUGGGGGGGUAGGACCGUGUUGGACGCCUGAUAGUCGAGGCUGGAGAGAAGAUGUCGGGGCAGACGCUGACCGACCGCAUAGCCGCGGCGCAGUACAGCCUGACGGGCUCCGAGGUGUCCCGAGCUGUGUGUAAAGCCACCACGCAUGAGCAGACAGCUCCAAAGAAGAAACACCUGGAAUACCUGAUCCAGGCCACCCAAGAAACCAAUGUGAACGUCCCCCAGAUGGCUGACACGCUGAUGGAGAGGGCCGGCAACGCCAGCUGGGUGGUGGUUUUCAAAGCCCUGAUCACCACACACCACCUCAUGGUGCACGGCAACGAGAGAUUUCUCCAGUUCCUGGCAUCUAGAAACACCUUGUUCAAUCUCAGCAACUUCCUGGACAAAACAGGCUCCCAUGGCUAUGACAUGUCCACGUUUAUCAGACGCUACAGCCGCUAUCUCAACGAGAAGGCCUUUGCCUACAGACAGAUGUCUUUCGACUUUGGCCGAGUCAAGAAAGGAGCCGAUGGAGCGAUGAGGACCAUGACAGUGGAGAAGCUGUUGAAAGGAAUGCCCACCCUGCAGAGCCAGAUCGACGCGCUGCUGGAUUUUGAUGUGCAUCCACAGGAGCUGAACAACGGCGUGAUCAAUUCCUGCUUUCUUCUACUCUUCAAAGAUCUGAUCAAGCUAUACGCCUGCUAUAAUGACGGCAUCAUCAACCUGCUAGAAAAAUUUUUCCAAAUGAAGAGAAGCCAGUGUAAAGACGGGCUGGAGAUCUACAAGAGAUUCCUGACACGAAUGACUCGGGUUUCUGAAUUCUUCAAAAUUGCUGAGCAAGUGGGAAUAGACAAAAACGACAUACCUGAGCUCACUCAGGCCCCAGAAAGUCUUCUGGAGUCCCUGGAGACCCACCUCAACACUUUGGAGGGGAAGAAGCCGUCGCCCACUAAGGAUGUGACGGCCAACAACAGCUCGCCAGCUGCAGCUGCUGCACCGGCCAAACCUGCGCCUCCCGCCCACCCCGGCGGACCCCCUGCUCGCCCCGGGCCUCCAGCCAAACCCCCUCCACCCUCCGUUACCCCCACAGCACGCACCCCCACCACCACCGCUACCAGCAAUGCUCUUGAUGACGGUUUCCUGUUGGAUCUGGACCCCAUGUCCUCCUCGUCAGCAGGGGGCGCUGCAGCGACUGCCUCCACGACUGGAUGGGGAGACCUCUUGGCUGAGGCAACUCCAGCCGCUACCGAUGGAGCCUCUGAAGCUCUCCUGGCAGAAGGAGAGUCUGCUGAUGCUGAUGCUGAUGCUGAUGCUGCAGCCGCUGCCGUUCCUGCAGUCGCUGUUGCUGCCGCUGCUCCUGCCGCUGUGGCUGCACCAGCACCCACCUCCCUGCCCGUCGCUGCUCCCGCCACCACCUCAGCCUCAGACAUCGACCUUUUCGGAGGAGACGGUCCUGCUGCCGUGGCCGCGGGCCCUGCUGCUGAUGCGUUUGGUGGAUCUGACCCCUUUGCUACGACGGAGGGGAGUGCAGACAUUGCUCCAGAGCUGGACCUGUUCGCUAUGAGGCCCACCGACACGGGGGCCACCGCCGUCACCCCUCCCUCCUCUAGUGAGGCGCCGACCAUCAUCGCCCCCAUCGCUGCCCCCGCUGCCCCCACCCCUUCUUCCACCACUACCACUACUACCACCACCACCACCACCGACACCACCACCACAGAGUCUUCAGCUGCCCCGACUCUAGAUAUCUUUGGUGAUAUGUUUGAUUCUAUGCCUGAGCAAAGCCCUACCACAGAAUCCAAAGCUGCUACCACUCCUAGCGUAGACCUUUUUGGUGCAGACCUUCCUGCUGUUUCUCGCGGGCCUUCUCCUUUGCCCGAACCGGCUCCGGCUGGAGACAUCGUGACAGAUUCAUUUUCCUCUCCAGCUCCUGCCCCUGCUGCUCCCCCUGCUCCUGCCCCAGCUCCUGUUUCUGCUCCAGAAGCCUCAUCUCCACCUAAAGCAGAGCCGGAGCCAGUCAUUGACCUGCUGGACUCCUUCAGUGGAUCUGUGGAGGAAACGCAGAGUGCUGCUCCUGGAGGGCCUGGAGACGACCUGCUGGGAGGCCUGAUGUCCCCCACUCUCGCUCCCACCACUGCUCCAGCUCCUCUGGCUCCAGCCUUGGCUCCGGUGCAGAACGACCUCCUGGAGUCGGGCUUUGAUGCCCUCGACUCGCUUCCUUCCCCCACACCUCCAGUACCGGCUACAGCAGCAGCAGAACCUGCAUCCACCACAGCGCCACCCUCUGGUGGCUUUGAUGCUUCAAUGCUUGGUGGAUUAGGCGACUUGCUAAUGCCCGCCGUAACGCCCCAGAGCACCGGGGGCAGCACAGCGGGGAGCAUGGGGACUCCUGUGGCAGCAGCAGGCAUUGCAGCCGCUCCACCCUCCACCCCUCCUACCAAAACUAUCGGAGGAGAUCUGGACUCGUCGCUGGCCAACCUGAUCGGAGACCUUGGAGUAAAGAAAAAAGACCCACAGAGUGAGAAGAAGCUGACAGGAGGCGCCAACUGGAUGCCACAGGUGGCCCCCACCAGCUGGGCUACACCAGGAGCCCCCAUGGCCGGUGCUGCCCCUGGAGCUCCUGGAGCUCCUGGAGCAGCUCCACCCGGUACAGGGAUGGUGCCACCAAUGAGUGCACAGCCGGGCUUUGGAAUGCCUCCUGCAGCAGGGCCUGGAGCCCCGAUGAUGCAACCCAUGAUGGGGCAGCCUAUGAUGGGACAGCCCAUGAUGAGACCUCCCUUCACUGGGGUUUCUGGAGCUGCUCCUGGAGCUGCUGCCCCCGGAGCACCGCUUUCUCCAGGACCUGCCAGCCAGAGCCCCAAGAAGCCUAAAGACCCUCUGGCAGAACUCGACCUCAAGGACUUCUUAUAACGUCCCAGCUGCUUUCCUCUCUGGAUCAGAGCUCUCUCACCUUUUCCCUGGUGUCUGUCAACAUCUCAGGAUGCCAGCAGCGUUCAGCUACUAAACCUUUUAGGAGCCUCUUUUCUCCUCCCGUCCAUCCACGCCCCGUCCUUCUCCUGUGUGAUGUUGUAGCACAAACUGUGAAAGUGAACCAUAGCGGAUUAUAUAUGAAUAUACGAGAAAAAAAAUACAAGCGUGUGCUUAUGUCGAUGUACUAAUCUUUUGUCUAAACAAAAUCACACAAAACCCCAACAAAAAACGUAAAGUAAGUGAGAGAAAGUGAAGGCGUAUGUGUUUAGAUUCAUUUCUAGUGCUGAGUUGAAUGAUGGAUGUGCUUUGGUGUCCUAAGCUCCGCCCACCUCCCUUAGUCUUUGUCUCCGCCUCCUUAUGGAGGGGGCGGAGCUCUUCUUUGUCCCACUCUGACUGAAUGAGGGUGGUAACACAAAGCCCUGGUAGAUUUUUGGAGAAACAUGUUGCGUGUUGUUUACAGAAAGAUCCUCUUCGAUGUACAUAGAUUUCUCUGGCGAGGAUCACGUCUCUAUUCUGUAUGUCUGUUGAAGAGAAAUAUAAAUGUGAAUCAGACAUGAAAUUGUAAGAAGUCGUGUGAGUAUCCUUCUAUUUCCCGUCAUCAUUUGAAAAUAUUUGGAAACAAAUAUGACUAUAUGAUUAUUAUACUGUAUAUUUAAAAACAACUUCUAUGGGCUUCUGAGUCAAACCAGACCAGCCAGUGAUCCGUUUUGUUUGUUUCUUUUUUUUACUCGUGGCUUGUUUUUCUAUGUUUUUUUUGUCUUUUUGUUGUAUGUUCUGUUUGUUAUAGAGUAAUCCUCCAGACUGCUGUGGAUAUUUGCUGGCAUUGCUAUUAAAGAACAUAUCUUACAACUUACUUCCAGACAAACCGCUUUAGUUAUUCAUGGUAGAGAUGAAUUCAGUCUUUCCUUCAAUAUAACCGUUCAGCUGUCAGUCUGUUUCUGGAGCUUCUCGUGUGGUUUGUCUGCUGCCUGUACUUUCAUUAAACCUUUGACCAGGUCAGGGUGGUUAUUCUGUAUUUAUUAAGGUUGCCAUACCAAACUCUCUGUUCAGACGAGUCAAACUAAGUGAUUUUAGAUUCGAUUGAAAUUAAGAUUAAACCGCUUUAGUGCAAGUCAGCAACAGAUUUUAAGCUUACAGGUAAACCACACGGUGAAACUGUGAUGAAGAGUUCUGUGAGCUGAAAACCACAUCACAAGAAUCUGAAUCAGGAAGAUAUUAAAGGUACGCUGCUGAGUUUGAAAAAAAUAUGUUUACAUUCACUAUUUACCACCAAAGAGAGCUUUUUCGACACCUACAUUUACUAACCUCAUCAUGAAAUCUUUUUUUUUUUUUAACUUUAAAACCUCCAUCGUUUACAAACCAACAUGGAGAGGCCGCUCAACAAACAUAGCUUGUUAGCGCUACUAGUGGUCAAAAACUCCACAGAGUACCUUUAACUUCCAUUGUACUUGGACAAAACUGGCCAAGUUACAGCGCGUAUGGCUGCACUGUCUAUAAAUGCCAAGAUAGAUUUACCAAACCUCCAGAUGUGGCUGUUGUCUGAACACGGGGUUUGGCUCAUCAUUUCUGACCUUUGGCCAACUGUUAGUGGAAGAUGUGUGUUCCUGUAUGUGGUCACAUGGGAGCAAUGUGAAGAGACGCCCACUAGAGGUCACCGUUGAACUGUUCAGCCAUGAGCUCAUUCCCCGAAACGCAUCUUUACACGAAACACUGGUGUUCCUGCUGACUCACAGUGGGAUCGGGAUGUUGUCAGAGCUGACAUGCAUUCGGACAGUGUUUGCCACCAGUCGCCUCUCCUGAGCUGUAAAGUGCAGACGGACCGUUAGGAAACUUGUGUUGUCGUUGCAGUGGAUCGGCUGUGAGAGUCAGAUGUGAUUCAGAAAAAAUAAUGGAAGAUUAUUAACAUUUUUCAUGACUGAAUUAUGUAAAUUGUAUUUUUGUUUAGUUGUAAAUUUAUUUUAUUUACUAUGGCCCUCCCCAGUGCAUGUAAGCCCUUUGAGAUGCAAUAAAUCAAUGACGGAUUGA